AUGGAAGUGCAUGUUGUAUCAAAAUCUAAGAAUCAGGUAAAUGCCGUUGCAACUCUCGAUCGCCUGGAAUACGAGCAACACGGGCUAGCUGCUUCAAGUGUGCGUGUUCAGCCGCUGCUGAUUACCCUCUGCUCGAACAAUCUCAGUUAUGCUCGUGGUGGGGAUUUGUUGCACGGGUGGGAUACAUAUCCUGUUCCUGCAGGGCUCCCCAAGCCAUACAACGACCGGAAAUCCUGGGGCAUUGUCCCCGCAUGGGGCUACGGAGUUGUGACUGAAUCAAUGACGCAAAUUUCCCCGGGAACUCUGCUCUGGGGGGCAGAGAUCAGCGAGUCCCGACAGCGCCUUAUGACAAUUAUAACAGCUACUCCGAAGAAGGCCAAAAUUGAAUAUCCAGAUUUUAUGUCCGGGAUAAAGACUUGGACCAGCCUCUCAUCUCUUGUCGACGCGAAAGAACUCAAGCGCAUGUCGUGGGUGUCGCUGUUCCGUCCUACCUGGCAAACGGGGUAUCUCCUCAGCCACCACACCUUUACCUCAGAUACUACAUCGCGGUCUCCAAUUCACCCACUGGGCAUUGAUCUCCCCUGGACUCCCGCGGAUGCGGACAUCUCUGCUGCAGUUGUAAUCAGUCUCUCUGCGGCGGGCAAGACUGCCCGAGCAUUCGCCUAUCAUAUGUUCUGGCGAAACGCUGCAAAAGAGGGACCCAUAUGGUUUCUCCAGAUAUCGCAGACACCAGAACUUUUGGAAUCAGUGCCGAGAAUCCUGGGUACCGAUAUACCUACCAAGGCAGUGAGGUAUGACCUUGUGGGUGGGUCAGCAGAGUUGAUCGAGGGGUUGGAUCCGAAGAGGAUUGUACUUGUCGAUUUUGGCGGGCGGGCGGGUACGCUUGCCCAGUUGAUUGAGAGUAUUAAGAGCCACUCCGCUCUCGGAGAAGUUCAGACAACUAUUAUUCAUGUUGGCUCGGAGCAGAACGUCUACUCUGCCGACGAAAUCAAAGGAAACUGUCAGACCAUGCAAACAGUUGGGGAAGUUCAGUUCAACACCUGUGGUGUUCGCGACGCCGUCAUUGAAUAG